AUACUUCUCUACAAUCUCUGGCAAAGCCACCCUUAGUGGAGAAACACCUUUUAGAAAAUUUUCGUGGUCAAGGGUUGAAGGAUGAAAGAAUUGUAAGAGUGAAACUCAUCAACCUAGUUAAAAUAAUAGAACGUCAAGUUGAUGAAAUUGUAUUGUCAAAAUUGAAAAUUGAUGAUUUAAUUCUAGCA